AUGCUUGAUCAAAUUCAGAAAGACCUUGAGCGGCUGGACGGCGGGUCUUCUGCUUACAAUUGCGUCGUCAAUGACCAGGUCGUCCACUCAGCGGACGACUCCUCGCAGAUGGCUCAGCGCCAGCAGACCGAGAAGCCUCCUCAGUCCAUUGGGAUUGCUUGGUAUAGAGACAUGCUCCGUGCUCUUGUACCUCUUCACGAACUCGAAAUAGCCCACGCGAACGUCCGAAUUGACGAUUUUCUGUGCCACUCAGAGGGUGCGAUCGUGCUCUACGAUUUCACAUGCUCCAGACUUUUUGGACAAGACAACCCAUCGGCGACUGGCAGCCCAGAAAGUCUUGGGGUGACCGGCCCUCCACAAACUGUAUCAGACCCCACGGACAGAUUCGCACUAGCAUCGGUCAUGUUCGAGGUCGAGACCGGUGCAAAAGGUGACCUCACCCAUGCCAUCUCACCCCAGAACUCCCAGCCGUGGAAAGCGGUAACGAGAGCCUUGAUCUGGUAA